GGCAAACACGCGGCGGACGCAACCUGCGAAUUAACUGUAUACAGACUGUGCAUGCUCUGGCUACACCGCAGCAGUCGGUGCUUCAAAUUUUGCCUAUCAUCAGUCACAUCAUUGUCGUCGUCAGUGACAAUCAGAACAAAUUCCCAGUGCCAUUUACAACUGUCACUGUCGUCGGACGGGCAAUUCACUCGAUACGCAAACCGUAGCAAUAAACCGCUAAUAGCAACCACAAAGAGUUUUCAACAAACGCACCGCACGAUGGCAGAUAACAUCCAGUAUUUGGAUAUACCCGACAAAUCGGCUACCGACAAAAAGAUCUACAAAACAAUUCUGUUGCCCAAUGGCCUACAUGCGCUUAUCAUUUCGGAUCCGAGUCCGGUGCCGCACGAUGGCUUCACCACAUCGGAAUCAUCGAUGGGCGAGGGAGACGAGACAUCUGGCGAGACUGAGAGUACAAACAGCUCUAGCGAAUUCACAUCGUCCACAUCGGGCAGCGGGCGCAGCUCCUCCGAUUCGGACAGUGAGGUGGGCGACGGAAAGCUGGCUGCCUGUGCCAUCCUGAUGGAUUACGGAUCGUUCGCGGAGCCCCGCGAAUAUCAGGGGUUGGCGCAUUUCCUGGAGCACAUGAUCUUCAUGGGCUCUGAGAAGUAUCCCGAAGAGAACAUCUUUGAUGCACACAUCAAGAAGUGCGGCGGUUUCACUAAUGCCAUCACAGACUGCGAGGACACGGUCUUCUACUUUGAGGUGGCCGAAAAGCAUUUAGACUCAAGUCUCGACUAUUUCACGGCACUGAUGAAGCACCCGCUGAUGAAGCAGGAGGCCAUGCAGCGCGAACGCUGCUCUGUUGACUCGGAGUUCCAGCAGAUCGUUCAGGAGGAUGAGACACGUCGUGACCAGCUGCUGGCCAGCCUGGCCACAGAUGGCUAUCCACACGGCACUUUUGCAUGGGGCAAUCUGAAGACCCUCAAGGAUAAUGUCGACGACCAGGCGCUGCAUCAGCUGCUGCACGAGAUUCGGCGCGAUCAUUAUGCCGCCAAUCGUAUGUUCUUGUGCCUGCAGGCCCGCCUGCCUAUCGAUGAGCUGGAGACGCUAGUGUUGCGCCACUUUGCCGAUAUACCCAGCAAUGGGGUGCUGGCGCCGGAUCUGAGCAAGUUCAGCUACAAAGAUGCCUUUCGCGCCGAGUUCUAUGAGCAUGCGUUCUUCGUGAAGCCCGUGGAGAACGUGUGCAAGCUGGAGCUGACCUGGGUGCUGCCCAGUGUGCGCCAGUAUUAUCGCAGCAAGCCGGAUCAGUUUCUGGCCUUUGUCCUGGGCUAUGAGGGCAAGGGCAGCCUUUGCGCCUAUCUGCGCCGUCGUCUUUGGGCCCUAGAGCUGGUCGCUGGCAUUGAUGACAACGGCUUUGAUCUCAAUUCCAUGUACAGCCUGUUCAAUGUGUGCAUCUACCUGACCGAUGAGGGCUUCAAGAAUCUGGACGACGUGUUGGCCGCCACGUUUGCCUAUGUGAAGGUACUCGCCCAGGCCGAUGCCCAGACCCUGCGGACUAUCUACGACGAGCAGCAGGGCAUCGAGGAAACAGGCUUUCGCUUUCAGCCACAACGUCCGGCCAUGGAUAAUGUGCAGCAGCUGGUGCUAAACUGUAAAUACUUUCCGCCCAAGGAUGUGCUAACCGGCAAGGAUCUGUACUAUGAGUACAAUGAACAGCAUUUAGCCGAUCUAAUCGGACAUCUCAACGAGUUCAAGUUCAAUCUAAUGCUGACUGCACGCAAAUACGAGGAUCUGGUGUUUGAUAAGCGCGAAAACUGGUUUGGCACCGAAUACACAAGCAUACCCAUGCCGGAAAAGUGGCAGCGUUUGUGGAACGAGGUGGAUCCCAAGUCGAUGCCCGAACUUUUCUUGCCCGAGGCCAAUCGCUUUGUCACCCAAGACUUUAGCGUCUACUGGCACAAAAUGGGCAAGCCCUUGCUGCCCGAGGCGCCCAAGAAGUUGCUACAAUCGGAGAUCUGUGAGCUCUGGUUCCGUGCCGACGACAAAUAUGAGCUGCCCGAGGCAUACAUGUACUUCUACCUAAUCUCACCGCUGCAGCGCAAAAGUGCCAAAAACGAUGCCAUGUGCGCCUUGUACGAGGAGCUGGUCAAGUUCCAUGUUAGCGAGGAAUUGUAUCCGGCCACCAGUGCGGGUCUCAACUAUACCUUCAACGUGGGCGAGAAGGGUCUCAUUCUGAAGGUGGAGGGCUACAACGAGAAACUGCAUCUGCUUGUCGAGUCGAUUGCCCAGGCCAUGGUCACCGUGCAAUCAACGCUUAAUGAGAACAUCCUUGCCACCUUUGUCAAGGAUCAGCGCAAAAGCUAUUUUAACACGCUAAUCAAGCCACGUGCCCUCAACAGGGAUGUGCGCCUCUGCGUGGUGGAACACAUGCGCUGGUUGAUGAUUGAUAAGUACAAGUGCCUGAAUGAGAUCACGCUGAAGGAUCUGCAGGAGUUUUCUGGUUUAUUCCCGCAGCAGCUGUACGUCCAGGCCCUGGUGCAGGGCAACUAUAAGGAGGUGCAUGCACAAGAAGUGAUGAACACGCUGUUGAAAAGGCUCGGCUGUAAGCCCAUUCAGGAGCAUUACUAUGUGGAAGAUCGGACGGUGCAGCUGCCACAAGGUGCCCACUAUAUACGCUGCCAUGCGCUAAACGAGCAGGAUACAAACACUGUGAUUACCAACUAUUAUCAGAUCGGGCCCAAUAAUGUGCGGCUCGAGUGCAUUCUCGAUCUGCUGAUGAUGUUUGUGGAGGAGCCGCUGUUCGAUCAGCUGCGCACCAAGGAACAGCUGGGCUAUCAUGUUGGCGCCACGGUCCGCAUGAAUUAUGGCAUUGCCGGCUACUCGAUCAUGGUUAAUUCGCAGGAGACAAACACAAGUGCCAGUCACGUGGAGAAACGCAUCGAGGUGUUCCGCAACAAUAUGCUGCAAAUACUCGAGGAGAUGUCCCAGGAGGAUUAUGAUCAUACGCGCGACUCUCUAAUCAAGCUUAAGCAGGUCGUCGACAAUGCUCUGGAAACCGAAGUGUCCCGCAAUUGGAACGAAAUUGUCAACGAGGAGUACAUGUUCGACCGUCGACGGCAGCAAAUUGAGGUGCUGCGCAAUCUGACCAAGCGCGAAAUAGUCGCUUUUCUGCUGGACAACGAGAUCACCAAUAUGCGCAAAGUUUCCAUACAGAUCAUUGGACACCUGCCCGACAAGACGUCCAAGCCAAAGACAAAGCCGCUGACGAAUGCGGAUGCAGAUGCAGAUGCAGAUGCGGAUGUGGAGAAAACGCCAACCCAAUCCGAGCCAAAUGAUGAUGACAAAGAUGAUAACGACGAGGACAUGGAGAGCUCCGACGAAGAUGAGGAUGAGCUCUUCCAGGCGUUGGCCAACAAAUUAAAUGUUGUGUUCCUGCCACAGGAGGGCGAUGCCACCACCAUUGUGGAUAUUGCCGAUUUCAAAUCGAAUCUGGAUCUAUUCCCCACGAACCUGCCCAAUCAGCAGGACAAUACAAAGACCACACUUCUCGAGGAUGCGCUUAUGAACACGUGAGCGUCUCACUUUGCGCACUCCGUUCACACCGACAUCAGAUACCCUGCAAAAUGCACACAUAACCACCAAAAAGCAAUAGCAACAAAUUGUUAAAAAGGGACAUUUUCAAGUAAAAUUAAUGCAAUCAAAAAGCUCGCGCCAUUUUCAAAAUGCACGUCGUCUUUUUAGCCAAGGUUAACACACACACACACACUCGCACACACACGUACACACACAAGCACACACAUUUGUUGACGUUUUAAAACUAGAGAAAUGCAUUUGUCCUUUCGCGAUUUCCACGCGAUUUGUAACUGACGACAUUUAACACAAAA